GCGAGUUCCGCCACGCUCUUUCCGGCUGGCGGGGCGGGCGGGGGAGCCGGCCGGGACGUGGAGGAGGCCGGUGUCGCCCGUGCCUGCGCUCUGCGGCCCGCCCAGCAUGGGAUACCCGUGACCCGCGGGUCUCUCUUCCCUACAGGCGGCGGCGCCUGUGCCCGUGCGCGGCGGGGAGGACGCGGGGGCGGCCGCAGGAUGUCAUCACCUUGCCAUACCUCUGCCUUGCUGCUGGUCUUUAUGGCCCUGGCUGUAGCGGGGGCUGAGCAGUCUGAAGAGAGGAGCUGUGAUGUGAUUGGUGAUGAAAGCAGUGAGUCACAAAUGGAAAGAGCCCUGCUGAAGAAACUGGAGCCCCUGAGCCACAUGAGGUUUAACGUGACUGUGGAGAAAGGCAAAACGGAAAACUACGUCUACCAAUUCAGGGUGUGCAGGGAGGUCAACAGCACCUCUCACGAUUAUGGUGGCCUGGUGCAAACAGAUAGACAGAAUGGAAAGACCACAGUGAUAGGAAGAAUCAAUGAAACCCAGGUCUUCAAUGGAAGUGACUGGAUCAUGCUGAUUUAUAAAGGAGGUGAUUCAUAUGGCAGUCACUGCAGUGGUGAGAAGAGACGAGCUGUGAUAAUGAUUUCUUGCAAGCGAGGAGUUACAGCGAGUUCAUUCAGCAUUAUUUCUGAAGAGCGGGAAAAGGAGCAGGAAUGUUUCUACCUCUUUGAGAUGGACAGCAGUGUGGCUUGUCCAGCUGAGAAUUCCCACCUCAGCGUUGGCUCCAUUCUACUGAUCACGUUUGCCUCACUGAUUGCAGUCUACAUCAUUGGUGGGUUCCUCUACCAGCGCCUUGUAGUGGGAGCAAAGGGCAUGGAGCAGUUUCCUCACUUUGCCUUCUGGCAAGAUCUGGGCAAUUUGGUGGCGGACGGCUGUGACUUUGUGUGCCGAUCCAAGCCUCGAAACGCGCCAGCCGCGUACCGUGGUGUGGGGGAUGACCAGCUGGGCGAGGAGUCAGAAGAACGGGAUGACCACUUGCUACCAAUGUGAUAGGCUUUCCACACCAAGUUCUCUUCUCCCCAUCUUCCCAGUGCUUGUUUAGCCGGGUGCCUCCCAGCCAGUUCUCCUUCUCUCACUUCUGAUUUUCUUUACACUGCUUCUGCCGUCUCCGGUGUGUUGAGUCCCAUGGAUGCCUCUGGAUGUGAACAGCACUGGUCCCUGAUGGUGUGUCUUACAAAUAUAAUGCUGUUUUAGGUUUUUAAAAAUGCAGCAAAGCUCGGGGAGAAGUGCUGAGAGUUGAGUAAAGACAACAAGAAAGCAAUAUGAGUUUUCAGCACUGAGCAGGAAUGGGAGAUGAAUCACUGAGAAGAAAAAAGGGCCAUGGAUGGGUGCAGAAAGGGGAAGGAAAAAAGGCCAUGUGCUAAAACAGCUGACACUGUAAAAGGCAUAUUUUGUCUUUUUUUCCCUAGGGUUUACACUGGAAUUAUUUUUCUUUGAAUGCAUUUUCAGCUUUUCUAGCUUCUGCACUGUUACACAGUUUCUGCUGGCAUACCUGGCACAGAGUGCUCUAUGCCAGACUCUGGGGGCGGAAGAGGCAUUAGCACCUGUGCAGUCUUUUGUUUUACGAAUGGCAAAGUAUUGAGAAGUAUGCACUGUUUUCCUUCAACAGCUGUAAAGGGAUGCAUGCCAGCCUCUCAGACUGGAGAGGGGCAAUGCUAAAAAGAUAUAGGAGUUAAAUAUAGUCUCAUGACUUCAGUUCAGUCAAAAUAUUGUCUCUGUCUUCUCAAUCAUUGAGAAGCAAAAGGAAACGAUGUGCUGCUAAGGAAAAGGAACAUUUGCUGAAACUGAACUGACAUUAAGACAAAAUGAGACAGGUAGCUGCCAUUUGAGUUCUGAUACAAGCUUCCCAAGGUGACUGCCCACACAGCACAGUCACUGUCAGCAUUGUGAUUUCAUGCUUGCCAGAAGUUCCUUGUUUGGCAGAGGGUUUUCCUGUGAAGCUAUCAGAAUUUAUUUUUAUAUAAUAGGAACCACGGAAGCCCAGGAUAAGAAUGGUAACACAUUGAAAACUGCAUAAGGGACUCUUGCACUUACUUGGUCAACUUUCAUAAAUUACUGUCCCCUUAAGCAUGGUGCAGGCCAGUCUUAAUACACUUGCCCUGUGCAGAUGGUACUCACAUGCUGCCAAUGUCUGGGAGUGAGAGAUCUUCUCUUGGGGCCCUGGUGAAAAGCAGGUACAGCUGAGUUAUAGACUUACGGGGAACCUUCUGGAACUUGGCACCUUGAUUCUUAAUGGCUUUUUAUUUGAGAGGCUACACUCUGAGCAAUCCCCUUCUACCCUAUUGUGGACUGGCAGGAGAACUGCCCUCAGUCUUGAGGGCAGAGACUGUGAAUAAGCAAGCCACUACUGUUAACAGCAGAGUACAGACAAGAUUCAUGUAUUUUUAAUGCUGUCUGAACAACGACAUUGAGAGAAAAGGGGUAGCCCUGCUUUUUUGCUGGGUUUAGAGUGGGCAAACAAUUCCUGCUUUCUUUGACUUUUGUUACAGUCUCAGUCUUUCUCAUAACAUGGGAAAAAUAGGAAGUCUGUUGUAACUGUUUUUCAUGGUGGUGUUUAAGGUAAUUUUUUUUGUACAAAACACAACUUUCAAAAAUAAAGUGACCAAAAAACCUUA